GCGGAUGGGAGGGAACCUGGGGUCCCCUUCCUGGGCCUGAGCGAAGUGUCCCGGACGCCCCGCCGGCCCCCCGCGGCCAGCCCUGUCCUGGACCGGUGCCAGGACUCCUGACAGCUCCCGGCAGAAACUCACAGCAGGAUUGAUGAGCAGAUCCUUGGAUUCAGAGGCCGGCUGAGGCACACCAUGCCCGCGCCCGCCUUUUGCUCCGUGAAGUUGUGAAUUGCCCAUGCCCACAGGGAGGAAGGAUGGCACAUGGGAUCCCUUCUCAAGGCAAAGUUACCAUAACGGUGGAUGAGUACAGCUCCAAUCCCACCCAGGCUUUCACGCACUACAACAUCAACCAGAGCAGAUUCCAGCCGCCGCACGUACACAUGGUCGACCCCAUCCCAUAUGACACUCCAAAACCAGCGGGCCACACGCGGUUUGUGUGCAUCUCAGACACACACUCCAGAACAGAUGGUAUCCAGAUGCCUUACGGGGACGUCCUCCUCCACACGGGCGAUUUCACCGAACUGGGACUGCCCUCCGAGGUUAAGAAGUUUAAUGACUGGUUAGGUAAGGAAUGAUUGCGUUCUGUCGGCCCCAAUUAACCUUUCCCGUCCGAGUGUCACUCACUGCGUCCUAAUUGAAUUAGAGCACUUGGAAGCCAGCUCAGCCAUUUCUCGUAUGAUAUGCGGCGAUGUCUAGCUUUAAUCCAAUGCUGUUAAUUAAAGAUGAAUUUUUAG